UUCGGCAGCGGCUGUUCUUCCCCAGCAGCAGCGGCGGCGGCAGCAGCAGCAGCAGCAGCAGCCCAGGCAAUGACUCUGCCGCAUACGAAUCGCCUGGCCGGUGGUGCCGGCUCCGGAGACAUCGCCUUGCUCUGAAGUUGCCCACCUGGAGGAGGUAAAUCGGAGCGGGGCUUUGGUCCAGAGGGGUCGGCGACGACGGGGAGAGGAGGGAGCGAUCGCCUCCCCCAUCUCCACACACCGUCCGUCCUCCGGGAGGGAGCCUGUGUAGCAGAAGAAGACGGCAGAAAAGGAGAGACUUUUUCUUCUUCCUAUUUUUUUCCUUUUUAAUUUUUUUUUUUUUAAAUUUUUCCUUCCUUGAGGGACGUUCCCUGUUUCUCAUCCCCUCCCUUUUCCUCCUGGCUGGGGGCUUUGGUACUGUGGCCAGGUCUGCUUCCUACCCCCACCCCUGGUUUUAAUGGCUGGAUUGUGGUAGCAGCUCCCUGCUGCAGGUUGUUGAGGAACUGAUGGGGACUUGCAUCUCAGGAGCCGGAGGUGAAUAAAGAAAUGCUGGAUUCAGUACCCUGCAAAAAAUAGCGUUUGGAUUUUUAGCACCUGAAGAACAAGAAAAGGUCUCAGACUCUGGAUACUGACUGUGGGAUUUUUUAUUACUAUUACUAUUAUUAUUAUUAUUAUUAUUUUUGAUUGAUUCCCCCUCCCCCCCCCUUUUGGAUGUGAAUUGAAGGCCAACAGUUGAAGUGUUGGAAGCAAGUGCAGGAGGACGCUCACCUUAUUUUGUUUGAACCCUCGUUUGCUGGGAUACUUUCAAGCCCUCCUUCACAGUCAUGUGGUCAUCACAGCUGCUGUUCUUCACAAUGCUCUUAACACCGUUAGCCCAUGCCUGGAUUUCUUUUAAAACAGCUUUCAGCCGUGCCCCAGUCCCCAUGGCUGUGGUCCGAAGGGAGCUGUCCUGCGAGAGUUACCCCAUAGAGCUUCGCUGCCCAGGAACAGAUGUUAUCAUGAUCGAAAGUGCCAACUACGGGAGGACUGAUGAUAAAAUCUGUGACUCUGAUCCUGCUCAGAUGGAGAAUAUCCGCUGUUAUCUGCCAGAUGCCUAUAAGAUUAUGACUCAGAGAUGCAGUAAUCGGACCCAAUGUGCAGUUGUCGCUGGCCCUGAUGUGUUUCCAGACCCUUGCCCUGGGACAUACAAGUACCUGGAAGUGCAGUAUGAAUGUGUCCCUUACAUUUUUCUUUGCCCUGGACUGCUAAAAGGAGUAUACCAGAGUGAACACUUAUUCGAAUCUGACCACCAAUCUGGUGCCUGGUGCAAGGACCCUCUGCAAGCAUCCGAUAAGAUCUACUACAUGCCCUGGACGCCGUACCGGACAGACACGCUGACGGAGUACUCCUCCAAGGAUGACUUCAUUGCCGGGAGGCCAACCACAACAUACAAACUCCCGCACCGGGUAGACGGCACGGGGUUCGUGGUGUAUGACGGGGCUUUGUUCUUCAACAAGGAACGAACCAGGAACAUAGUCAAGUUUGACUUGCGGACAAGGAUAAAAAGCGGGGAGGCUAUCAUAGCUAAUGCAAAUUACCAUGACACCUCUCCCUACCGAUGGGGAGGCAAGUCUGAUAUAGACCUGGCUGUGGAUGAGAACGGGCUGUGGGUAAUCUAUGCAACAGAACAAAAUAAUGGCAAAAUAGUCAUUAGCCAGUUAAACCCUUACACAUUAAGGAUUGAAGGGACGUGGGAUACUGCCUAUGACAAGAGGUCAGCUUCUAACGCCUUCAUGAUCUGUGGGAUUUUGUAUGUGGUGAAGUCUGUGUAUGAAGAUGACGACAAUGAAGCCACAGGGAAUAAAAUAGACUACAUAUAUAACACUGACCAAAGCAAGGAUAGCAUGGUGGAUGUGCCCUUUCCAAACUCCUACCAGUACAUUGCUGCUGUGGAUUAUAAUCCCCGGGACAACCUCCUUUACGUAUGGAACAACUAUCACGUCGUGAAAUAUUCCUUGGAUUUUGGCCCGCUGGACAGCAGAGCAGGGCAGGCUCACCAUGGGCAAGUUUCCUACAUUGCCCCACCAAUCCACCUCGAUUCGGAUCUGGAGAGACCGCCAUCAAAGGGAGUAUCAACAUCGGGGGCUCUGGGCCCAGGGAGCACCACCGCCAGCACCACGCCACGGGUGGCCACCAGCAGCACCAGCCGCCCCACCACCACCUCGGCCUCGGGCAGGAGGAACAGGAGCACCAGCACACCGUCUCCCAUGGCUGAUGUCCCCGAUGAAAUGACCACGCACCUCCCACCUGCCUCUUCCCAGCUGCCGCCGUCCAAUGCAGAGAGCUGUGACCCCAUGGAAGCCCGUGAUAUUAUGUGGUCUCGGACUCGGCAGGGCCAGGUGGCGAAGCAGCCAUGUCCCAUGGGCUCGAUAGGUGUUGCAACUUUCCGGUGUCUUGCGCCAGACGGGAUCUGGGAGCCCCAAGGACCUGAUCUCAGCAACUGCUCUUCUCCCUGGAUCAACCACAUCACUCAGAAGAUGAAGUCAGGGGAGAUGGCUGCCAACAUUGCCCGGGAGCUUGCGGAGCACACAAAAAACCACUUGUACGCUGGUGACAUUGCGUACUCUGUGUCCGCCAUGGUCCAGCUGGUGAACUUGCUUGAUGUGCAGCUCCGAAACCUGACUCCAGGUGGGAAGGACAGUGCUGCACGCAGCUUAAAUAAGCUUCAGAAAAGGGAGCGCUCUUGCAGGGCCUAUGUCCAGGCCAUGGUGGAGACGGUGAACAACCUUCUGCAGCCACAGGCUCUGAAUGCAUGGAGGGACCUGAAUGCAAGCGAACAGCAGCGUGCAGCCACCAAGUUACUCGACACCGUGGAGGACAGUGCCUUCGUGCUGGCUGAUAACCUGCUGAAGACAGACAUCGUCCGGGAAAACACUGACAACAUCCAGCUGGAAGUUGCGAGACUAAGCACAGAUGGGAAUCUGGAAGAUCUGAAGUUUCCCCAGAACAUGGGCCAUGGGAGUGCCAUUCAGCUGUCAGCAAAUACCCUGAAACAAAAUGGUCGAAACGGUGAAAUCAGGGUGGCUUUUGUGCUGUACAACAACCUGGGCACCUAUCUCUCCACGGAGAACGCCAGCAUGAAGUUGGGAACAGAAGCAAUGUCGACUAAUCACUCCGUCAUUGUCAACUCUCCUGUCAUCACGGCAGCAAUAAACAAAGAGUUCAGCAAUAAGGUUUACCUAGCUGAUCCUGUGGUGUUUACUGUCAAGCACAUCAAGCAGUCAGAAGAAAAUUUCAAUCCGAACUGUUCGUUCUGGAGCUAUACAAAGCGUACAAUGACGGGAUAUUGGUCCACCCAGGGAUGUCGCCUCCUGACAACUAACAAGACGCACACCACAUGCUCCUGCAAUCACCUAACCAAUUUUGCAGUCCUGAUGGCACACGUGGAAGUUAAGCACAGCGAUGCAGUCCAUGACCUGCUCCUGGACUUUAUCACGUGGGUUGGCAUCCUGCUCUCACUGGUCUGCCUCCUGAUCUGCAUCUUCACCUUCUGCUUCUUCCGUGGGCUGCAGAGCGACCGCAACACGAUUCACAAGAACUUGUGCAUCAGCCUCUUUGUGGCAGAACUCCUCUUCCUCAUUGGCAUCAACCGGACUGACCAGCCGAUUGCCUGUGCCGUCUUUGCUGCCCUCCUGCACUUCUUCUUCCUGGCAGCUUUCACCUGGAUGUUCCUGGAGGGAGUGCAGCUCUACAUCAUGCUGGUGGAGGUUUUUGAGAGCGAACACUCCCGGAGGAAGUACUUCUAUUUGGUUGGCUAUGGCAUGCCUGCGCUGAUUGUAGCCGUAUCAGCAGCAGUGGACUACCGGAGCUACGGCACAGACAAAGUAUGUUGGCUCCGACUUGACACCUACUUCAUUUGGAGCUUUAUAGGACCGGCGACCUUGAUAAUUAUGCUUAAUGUCAUCUUCCUUGGGAUCGCUCUCUAUAAAAUGUUUCAUCAUACUGCCAUACUGAAACCUGAAUCUGGAUGUCUUGACAAUAUCAACUAUGAGGAUAACAGACCCUUCAUCAAGUCCUGGGUUAUAGGUGCAAUAGCCCUGCUCUGCCUAUUAGGACUGACCUGGGCGUUCGGACUCAUGUAUAUUAAUGAAAGCACAGUCAUCAUGGCGUAUCUCUUCACCAUAUUCAAUUCUCUGCAGGGAAUGUUUAUAUUCAUUUUCCAUUGUGUCCUCCAGAAAAAGGUACGUAAAGAGUAUGGAAAAUGCCUGCGCACACAUUGCUGUAGUGGGAAAAGUACAGAGAGCUCUAUUGGCUCAGGAAAAACCUCGGGGUCACGGACACCUGGAAGAUAUUCCACAGGCUCACAGAGCCGGAUUCGUAGGAUGUGGAAUGACACAGUUCGAAAGCAGUCCGAGUCCUCCUUUAUUACUGGAGAUAUAAACAGUUCAGCUUCACUCAACAGAGAAAGCGGAAGGACGCCCAAGCAGGAGCCGGUCUUCAGACGAGUCACCAUGGAAGACAGUGUCAUCUAGUGCCCGGAGCACCUGACGAGCCUGCCCCAGCGAGCCCACACCGGUGCACCGCCUCAGCUCCUCUGUGCCUCGGUUUAUCCAUCCCUCACUUGGGAUUGCACAAUGGGAGAGGCCGGAGAAACUAGCCUUGACCAAAACCCUUGGCAAACCCUCACGUCCCCAAGGAGAAAACAGCCCGGCUGAGAUUCCCACUGCCCCGCACGUGGCAGCACCCUGGGACGUGCCCUCACCUCUUGGUCACUUGCUUUUUUUUUUCAGAUGAGCAGAAUGGGCAAAAAAUGUCUUUUGUAAUAAGAAAUGAGUUUCGUCUGCUCCAGAUGUUGGCUUUGCAACUUGAAAACACUUAAAGAUGGCUGAGCGUGCUCAACCACCCAUCCUGAGCCCCUCUCUGUGCUCACAAGCUGGGCUGUAUAAAGGUGACCCUGCCGGAUCCAGGUCCCUGUUGUAAAUACAGACCUGGCUGUGUGGAGAGGUAAUGAGGGAAGGAAAAGAGGGACAAAGAAAUAGUCCUUACACCGGAAGAAGCUGAACUUGCCAGCAGAAUACCGUUGAGCGAAGCUGUCGCUUGUAAAUAGGGACCAGCGCAUGCAUCCAGCAGUGGCUCCGCUUGGGAAAAGCUUCUGGGGGGAAAGCUGCUCAGGUUUUAUUGUCUUGUGUAAAUAGAGAUAUUUUUUGGAAAAAAUGAGCCUUAGAGUAUCUUGAAAAUAGCGUUUCUCAAUCAGCUCAGCUGGGGAUGGAUAUAUGGGAAACUACAGCGUCUGCCCGGUGGAGGCUGGCGUGGGGUCUUGCAGCCGAGCUGUGCCACCGUGGUGGGCACAGGAGGCACCUGAAAGACAACAGACAUGUCCAGCAGAGGACUCAGCAGACGUUUCUCCUCUGUUCCUGUAAACAGGGUGGACUCACUGGGCCCAUGGUCUCCGCUGGUGUAAAUACUCAGCUACAGCCCACAGAGGACUUGGGCUGCUUGGGGCAGGUGGGGGGGGGGGGGGGGGCAUGGGCAGAAAUCACCAGAAGGAUGCAAACCCCAUCAGUGUGGUUCCCCCGAGGCUUUUAGCAUUAAAAAAAAAAAAAAAAAAGGAAAAAAAAAAAGAAACCCUGAAGACUUGUUAAUGGUGUUGGGCCAACUGUUCGGCUGGGUAAAUGAAGGCAUGCAUAGACAUCUGUGUUCAUGUCAGCCGGCGCCUGUACGUGCAGUUCUUCUCCGUGUGUGUGCAAAUGCGUGUGCAAGACCGUGCCCUGCAUGGGUGGCUGCCAGCCAGUGCAGGUCCCCAUGUCUGUGUAGCUGUGUCCAUGAGAGAAGAAGAGAGGAUAUGGAUAUGUACGUUAUACUCACUUUAUAUGCCUAAACACAUUUGAGAAGUCAUAAGUAACGCUGCCGGGUCCAGCUUUAUUAGCAUGAGCGCAGAGUAGUGUCUGUGUCUCUCUGGGGAACAAGGCAUGGCAGGCCGGGCGCGUGGUGUUAGCUGAGCAAAAGCUGAUAAAUCUCUGCUCUGCAUUGAGUCAUCAUCCGCUGUCCCCCGCCGCGACACAACAACAGCCAUCUGCAAAUGCUCCCAGCAGAGCAGGGCUACGCUCGGGCAUGGGUGUUUGCAGAAGGCGGGCUGCUGCAGCGUAGUACUUGAUGGAAGCAGGAGAGGAGCUUUGGGGCUUCCCCUUCAUCCUUCACAACUCAAAGCUUACUUAUGCCUUAUUUACUCUGAGUCUGACCAUGUGGAUUCAUGCAGUGGAGGGAAAUUAGAAAAAAAAUUGGAAUUAGAAAAGUAAAUUAGAAAAAAACAGACUUAAGAAAAAAAAGAUAUUUUUUAAAAUGACCCAGAAUAACUCUCUAGAUGUAAAAGUCUCUCUUCAGCCUGGUAUUUUACAGGGAAGCAGGGCCAAGGUGGAAGCGUCCCCUCCCCAUUAAAAAGCCAGAUAGCGUAAACCAACUAUUGCACAUAUUUAGCAUAAUAUUGGGGGCAAAGCUCCUAUACCUUUGCAAGGAAAGGCCAGCAGGCAGUCAACAGAAAUUGGAAGCUGCCUCAAAGCACCAAGGGGUUUGGGCAUCCGGAGUGGUAAUUCGCUUGCAGUGGUUCCAAUUGAGCUUCAGGGAUGGUCUUUUCCUCUUGGGUACUUGAAUAUCUCCUCUGUCAUCCAGCUCUGUGGGACUGCUGUUACCAUUAACACCUAACAACUGCCAGUGCUGAGCAAUUUAUUUAUUUAUCAAACCAGCACACGGAAGACACCAUGCUUUCAUCUGCCACAUGUGGACACCUCUUCCUUUGCCCACUUCUCCAGCCUUGUAUGGUGUCCCCAGGCAAGGUGGCCAUUAUCCUGGGAAGACUUCCUCCCCAGGGAAGGCUGUUAGCCUUUUUUUCCAGGGAGAAAUAAAAUGAAAAAUAUGAACAACCCACCCUAUCUUUGUCCCACAAAUGUUCUGAGAAUCAGACAGUAUAUUAAGCAAACUAAUUACCUCCAAAAAGUUCAAAAUCUCAUGAUCUUUCACAGUCAUGAGAGGACCAUGCUUAUGGUUUCUAGAGCCCCAAAGGGCAGUGCUAAAUCUUGUGCCUGAGGCUGCCUGACCCUGGGGAGGUCUGGGGUGCUGCAUGGGAUGAAGGGGGGGGCUGCGAUUGCAGGAAAGCUGAAAUUCCCUGUUUUUUCACUAGAUCACAGGAAAGCAGAAAUCCCCUGGGUUGGGUUGGAUGGUUUUUCUUCAUUAGAGCCCUCACUAUUAGUUUCUGUCCCCAGACAAUCCUAUCAUCCUGUACCUUAAACCCUUGCCAUUAUGUCUAGAAUUAUUCUUGGAGGCAUUUAUGACAACUUUCAAUGUCUCUCUCCAACCCCAAAGAGGCUGACACGCAGUAACUAAUGGUGACAGUUGUAAAGAUGAGCCAGACUGACCCCAAGUCCUAACAAAAAUGAUUAAUCCCAUCCACUGCCUCCAUAUCAAUGGUGCACAGGUUACGCAUGGAGGUGAGCCGGCGAGGAGGGGGAGGCCAAUACCGAAGAGCGAGUCUGGGAGGGGCCGUUACCAAACCCACCCAGCUGCUGGGUUCCCUGGGACAGAGUUUUGAUUUAAUCCAGCCCCAAGUCAAUAGUGAUUGACGUUUCACCUGCUUUCCAAAUCUUAACUGGACUUCCUUACUCCUCAGGCAUGGAAUGAAUCUUAAUACAUUGUAAUUACUGUACUCCUGGUGAUGAACCGGUAUGAAAAGCUAUCACAGAGAACAUUAAUAAAAUGUACAUUAUGAAAAAGAA